UGCGUGGCUAAAGCUAUCCGGGCACCACGGAAGCAGCGGAGGAGUGUUGGGGGGCAGGGCGUGGGGAGGUGAAGUGAGUGCCAGAGUGGGGUUUCCUGGAACCAUGGCCUGCUCCUUGGUUCAGUUCUGCUACUUCCAGGACCUCCAGGCCGCCCGGGACUUCCUCUUCCCUCACCUGCGGGAGGAGACCUCCAGCGGUGCCGUGCGGAGGGACCCCAGUAAAUCAGCAAACUGGGAAGAUGAUGGUUGGGGAGCAUGGGAAGAAACAGAACCCCAAGAACCUGAAGAAGAAGGAACCACUUGCAAAACACAAAAAACUUCCUGGCUUCAGGAUUGUGUUUUAUCCCUAUCUCCAACCAAUGAUCUUAUGGUUAUAGCUCGGGAGCAAAAAGCUGUAUUUUUAGUGCCAAAAUGGAAAUAUAGUGAUAAAGGAAAGGAAGAAAUGCAGUUUGCUAUUGGUUGGAGUGGUUCUUUAAAUGUUGAAGAAGGCGAAUGUGUAACCAGUGCUCUAUGUAUUCCACUGGCAAGCCAAAAGAGGAGUUCCACUGGACGCCCUGAUUGGACUUGCAUUGUUGUGGGCUUCAUUUCAGGUUAUGUACGAUUCUACACUGAGAAUGGUGUAUUAUUGCUUGCACAACUUUUGAAUGAGGACCCAGUGCUACAGCUUAAAUGCAGGACCUAUGAAAUCCCACGGCAUCCUGGAGUGACAGAGCAGAAUGAAGAGCUGGAGUAUCUUAUACCAGCUGCUAUUGUAACUAUUGACGGAUUUAGUCUCUUUCAGUCUCUUCGUGCUUGUCGAAAUCAAGUAGCAAAAGCUGCAGCAUCAGGUAAUGAGAACAUACAACCACCACCAUUAGCUUAUAAGAAAUGGGGUCUACAAGAUAUUGACACUAUUAUUGAUCAUGCUAGUGUUGGUAUUAUGACUCUGUCCCCAUUUGAUCAAAUGAAGACUGCCUCCAAUAUAGGUGGAUUUAAUGCAGCAAUUAAAAACAGUCCACCUGCCAUGUCUCAGUAUAUCACCGUAGGGUCCAAUCCGUUUACCGGCUUCUUCUAUGCUUUAGAGGGAAGCACACAACCAUUAUUAUCUCAUGUUGCACUAGCAGUUGCAAGUAAACUCACUUCUGCUUUAUUUAAUGCUGCCAGUGGUUGGCUCGGUUGGAAAAGUAAGCAUGAAGAGGAAGUUAUCCAAAAGCAAAAGCCAAAGGUUGAACCGGCUACACCAUUAGCUGUAAGAUUUGGACUUCCAGAUUCUAGACGCCAUGGUGAAAGUUUAUGUCUGUCUCCAUGUAACACACUGGCAGCAGUAACUGAUGAUUUCGGCAGAGUUAUUUUAUUGGAUGUAGCUAGAGGAAUUGCGAUACGCAUGUGGAAAGGAUACCGAGGUGCAGAACUUGGGUGGAUCCAAAUUGUAGAGGACCUCCACGAAAGAGUACCAGAAAAGGUGGAUUUUUCCCCCUUUGGAAAUACUCAGGGGCCAAGUCGGGUAGCUCAGUUCCUUGUGAUCUAUGCACCAAGAAGAGGAAUUUUAGAAGUGUGGAGCACACAGCAGGGACCUAGAGUAGGAGCUUUCAACGUGGGCAAGCAUUGUAGGCUGUUAUAUCCUGGCUAUAAGAUAAUGGGCUUAAAUAAUGUUACCAGCCAGAGUUGGCAGCCACAGACAUACCAGAUCUGUCUUGUUGAUCCUGUAUCUGGAAGUGUGAAAACAGUGAAUGUUCCUUUCCAUUUAGCACUGAGUGAUAAGAAGAGUGAACGAGCCAAGGACAUGCACUUAGUGAAGAAGCUAGCAACCUUACUAAAAACAAAAUCUCCCAAUCUAGAUUUGGUUGAAAUGGAAAUAAGGGAGUUAGUUCUCGAUAUUAAGUACCCUGCAACCAAAAAACAAGCUUUGGAAAGCAUUUUGGCAAGUGAACGCUUACCAUUUUCCUGCCUCAGAAACAUCACUCAGGCUUUAAUGGACAGUUUAAAAAGUCAAGAGCUUGAGUCUGUUGAUGAAGGAUUGCUGCAGUUUUGUGCCAGUAAACUGAAAUUACUCCAUCUUUAUGAGUCUGUCAGUAAAUUAAAUUGCCUUGAUUUUCAUUCAGACACACCAGUCUCUGCUAAUGACUUAGCUGUAUUACUAAGGCUUGAUGAAAAAGAACUGCUUAAGCUCCAGGCACUAUUAGAGAAGUAUAAGCAAGAGAACACCAGGACUACUGUUCGAUUUUCUGAUCAUAAGGAUGGUGUGUUGCCUGUAAAAACAUUCCUGGAAUAUUUAGAAUAUGAGAAAGAUGUGAUCAACAUAAAGAAGAUAAGUGAAGAGGAGUAUGUGGCUUUAGGCAGUUUCUUUUUUUGGAAGUGUUUGCAUGGAGAAAGCUCCACUGAGGAUAUGUGUCACACUUUGGAGUCUGCUGGGCUUAGCCCCCAGAUAUUGUUGUCUCUGCUCCUGAGUGUUUGGCUUUCUAAGGAAAAAGAUAUUUUGGAUAAACCACAGUCUGUCUGCUGUCUUCAUACAAUGCUGUCCCUCCUGAGCAAGAUGAAAGUGGCCAUUGAAGAGACCUGGGAUUCCCAGUCUGUGUCACCUUGGUGGCAGCAAAUGCGCACGGCUUGUAUUCAGUCUGAAAACAAUGGAGCUGCGCUAUUAUCUGCACACGUUGGGCAUUGUGUUGCCACACAGAUAUCAAACAAUAUGACAGAGAAAAAAUUUUCCCAUUCAGUUUUGAGUGCUGAUUCAGAGGGCCUCACUGAUUCCUGGGAGGCCCUUUCUCUUGAUACCGAAUACUGGAAACUCCUGCUGAAACAACUGGAGGAUUGUCUCAUACUUCAGACUCUGCUACACAGCACAGUGAACACUCGAACCUCCACAGUAUCAUCACUGCAGGCUGAGCCACUUCCAAGGCUUUCUGUUAAAAAAUUAUUAGAAGGAGGAAAAGGUGGCAUUGCAGACAGUGUAGCCAAGUGGAUAUUUAAACAAGACUUAAGCCCUGAAAUAUUAGAACUGGCUAUUAAAGUAAGAGAUGUAGAAAACACAGAUCAACCAAAAGAAGAUAUUAACAGAGCUUUCCUUGAAGUGUCAGAGGUGGAGGAGAUGGAUUUAGGAGACAUACCAGACUUGCUGCAUUUAGCCUAUGAACAGUUUCCUUGUAGCCUUGAGCUGGAUGUGCUACACGCACAUUGCUGUUGGGAGUAUGUUGUUCAGUGGAAUAAAGAUCCAGAGGAAGCACGUUUUUUUGUUAGGUCAAUAGAACACUUGAAGCAAAUUCUUAAUGCACAUGUUCAGAAUGGCAUUGCAUUGAUGAUGUGGAAUACGUUCUUAGUUAAAAGGUUUUCUGCUGCUACAUACUUGAUGGAUAAGGUUGGAAAAUCACCAAAGGACAGAUUAUGCCGAAGGGAUGUAGGGAUGAGCGACACAGCAGUGACAUCUUUCCUUGGUUCCUGCUUGAAUCUUCUUCAGACUUUAAUGGAGGCGGAUGUUAACAGGGAUGAAAUGCAAGUGCCAGUCCUGGAUACUGAGGAUGCCUGGCUCUCUGUUGAAGGACCAACCUCAAUAGUGGAACUGGCCCUUGAGCAGAAACAUAUACACUACCCACUGGUGGAGCAUCAUUCCAUCCUGUGCUCUGUCUUGUACGCAGUCAUGAGGUUUGCUCUGAAGACGGUGAAGCCACUUUCACUUUUUGAUAGUAAAGGGAAAAAUGCAUUUUUCAAAGACCUAACUUCAAUUCAGUUAUUACCUAGUGGUGAAAUGGAUCCAAAUUUUAUCUCUAUACGACAACAGUUUUUAUUGAAAGUUGUUAGUGCAGCUGUUCAGGCCCAGCAUUCAGUCGCAAAGGACAAAGAUCCCUCAGAAGAGGCACCAGCCACUCCUUUUGGGAGAGACCAAGAUUGGCCAGUGCUAGCUGUCGAUUUAGCCCAUCACCUGCAAGUUAGUGAAGACGUCGUUAGAAGGCAUUAUGUGGGGGAACUCUACAACUAUGGAGUUGACCACUUAGGAGAAGAGGCCAUUCUACAGGUUCAUGACAAAGAAGUUCUUGCCUCUCAGCUGCUUGUGUUGACGGGGCAAAGGCUGGCUUAUGCACUCCUUCACACGCAGACAAAAGAAGGAAUGGAGCUACUUGCAAGACUUCCACCCACACUCUGUACUUGGCUGAAAGCGAUGGAUCCCCAGGAUCUUCAAAAUACUCAAGUGCCAAUUGCAACAACAGCUAAACUAGUAAAUAAAGUAAUUGAGCUUUUACCAGAAAACCAUGGGCAAUAUAGUCUAGCCUUACACCUCAUUGAUGCUGUGGAAGCCAUAUCUAUUCCUUCUUCAUGACAUUUAUCUUUUGGAUUAAUGAUAAUGAAAAGUCUAAAAUUGUGAUUAAAAUAUGAAUUAGUGCAUGGUUAUUUUACAGAGUAAGAACUGGAAUCUUAGGAAAGGAAUUUUUUUUUCUUGGUAAAAUAUAUUUAAAAAAUUACUUUUAAAAAGUGCAGUCCUGGCUAAAUUCCAUUCCUUUGGUUACUAUUGAAGAUAAAAUAUAAACAAAUAUUAAUUAUACCAUAAAUACUAAUAACAGAUGUUUUACUGGUUAUUUCUAGUUCAAGCACUUCAGUGGAUUUAUUGUUAAACUUCACUAUUUUAAAUUGGUUUUAAGUUACAGAUUAUGUUCUUACUAAGAUUCUAUAUUUCAUACUCAAAAUGUUGUUAUAAUUAAAUUUAAAUGUGUUCAUGUACAGCCCCCAUCAGGAGUCAGACAGACAUCCCACUCUCUUUUAAUAGAUGUUGGAGAAUGCUUUUGUUAUCAUGCUUAAUCCUGUCCUGGGCUGCCACCCGGGAGUUCUGGAUGCUGAUGGGGUUCCUUUCCCAGAGACUGUGCUGUUGCCAUCAGAGGGGGGUGACCUUGCUUGUGGAAGAAAAAUGGGUUCGAGAUCAUCAGUUUUCAUUAGAAGAGACACUAAAGAGAACCCUUAACCUGUUGUACUUGCCAAAAGUGAGAAUCUGAGAUGCAGGAUCAACAAUGCAAAAUUAAAUAUAAUGUAAGUUCAAGGUUUGCUUUUUGCCAAGGUUCAAAGUUAUAUACACAUCUGGUAAUUGUAAAAAUGUAUUAUUUUGUAAAACUUGUGUAAAAAGCAAAAAAGGCAGAGAAGCUGAAAAUUUUAAGCCCAACUUUAUUUUUCCUAUAAGUAUUUAGAAAUGUCUCCUUCUGGGAUUUGGUAAUGUUACCUGUCUGUCCUUGGGAACAGUAUAGAAAAUGCUUAGUGAUAUUACAGCUUUAGCAAACCUACCUCACAACUGGAUUGAGAGGAUAAAAUACAACUAAUUUUGUACCCUAUAGUGCCUAGAGCAGUCCAAGUACUGAAUAAAUAUUUCUUGAUUAAAAUCAAAUUAACCAAACCUUGGAAAAGUGCUCUGCGCUCUACAAAUACCAAGUAUUUACUGUGGCAUUUCUUUGGAAUGUAGCCAUACAAUGCAAUUAUUGGUGUCUUGAAUUACAAUUGUUAUUCAUACUAACUCAUGUGAUACAGAGGUUUGUUUCUUCACUUCCUUGAAAGAAGCUAGCUCUAGUAAUUGUACAAGGUUGAGGAGUAUGUCUUUCAGAGACAAAAAGAAAAAAUGUGUGAUGCGUGGGGAUAAUUUGCUUUGAAUUCUUUUUAACUAAAAGCUCACCUCCAGAUAAGAACUUACCUGUUUUAGAACUUAAUUACUACUUAAGUAACUAUCAAAUUUAAAAUCUUGACAGGUAAAUUUUUAAGAUGCCUUGAGUAUUUGGAGUGGAGCCUGUAUGUCUGAUUGAGGCACACAUUUUGUAUAGUAGUAGCACUGAAAAGGGCUGUAAGCCAAUCCAGCCUCCCAGCCUCUGCUUGAAUCCCCAUGAUUUCUUCUAAACCUGUCUAGCUUUAUAUAAAAAGUCACUUAUUACAGGUGUUCUAAGAAAUUAGCUGCCUGUGAUUUUUCUAAACGCUCUAAAUGCCCUUAUGUAUAUGAUACGAAGCUGGUCAAAGAAAGUUGGAAUUUUAGGCAGUUUUAAAAAUUAAAUCCUCACUUGGUUCCAUUAUCACUUUUUUUGGAAUACCUAUUAAGCAUUUUAGAUAACAAAUCUGGUUAAGCUUAUUAUGGUAGGACACAUAUUCAAAUCUGGGUAUAGUUGAGAGUAUUAAAAAGCUGAAAUAUGGCCCAAAGAAGCAUAACACAAAUCAUUGAUUUUUAGGAUUUGUAAUCCUAAAACUUAACAUGGAUAGAAUUUGAAAAUUCUGAGUUGUCUGGUUAAGAAUAAUAGUUGAAUAUUUUACUUUUUCAUCGAGGGCUCUAAAAUCUGAUAGGAAGAAAGAAAACUAAAAACCCAUGUAUGCAUUCUGUAACAACAAAGAGCCAGAAACAAACAAAUUAAAUUUUAUGUCAAAUGGGUGGUUUCUGAAAGAAAGGGUGUGUUGCACUUACUGAUGGGAAGCCAAUUCCCAGUAGUGGUUUUCUGAAUUUAUUCUUACCUCCCUUCACCUUUCUUUAUUAGCAUUAAAUAUACAUUCUUAUACCUUGUUUAAAUUAAUUCCACUGUAUAAUGUUAGAGGAAAAUAAAUAAAAGUGUUCAAAUAAUCAAAACUUCUAUAGCAAGGGUUGUGUUUGAAGAACAAGAGGGGCCAGGUUAGAUGUAGAGAUAUAGCACCAAGCUUCUAAAUGCUUCAUCCUUUUGCAAAAAAGAAGAGUUUCACCUUUGUUAUAAAAAUUCAUCUACAGUCAAAAGAAACAGUUAAAAAAAAAAAAAAAAAACCACAAUUGCAAUUUAAAAUCACGGAAAAC